AACUCAUGAGAAACAUGUAUAAUAGAGAAUCGAAUUCAAAGAGCGAAGAAAUCGCUUCUUUGUUGAGUGAAUCCAAUCCCCUCUUAAACCCUCACUUCCUUCCCAAUAAUACUCCACCAUUCAACCCCCAAAACCAACCUUCUUCCUUCACUUCCACAGCUCCACACACUUUCAACGACAUGCCAGAUAAUCAAGAGCCAAUCUUAUCCAAAGAAGAACCUUCACCAUCACAAUUACAAUUUGCUAAACUUAAGCGCUGGCAAUGGUGGUUUUUGGUGGCGCUCAAUAUAAUAUUCCUUCUGGUUGGUCAGGCAGCUGCUGUUUUACUUGGCCGAUUUUAUUAUGACCAGGGUGGUAAUAGUAAAUGGAUGGCUACUUUUGUCCAAACUGCAGCCUUCCCACUCCUCUUUAUCCCUCUUUUUCUUCUUUCUUCUUCUUCCCAAUAUCCUUCAGCCAAUUUUACUGCACCUUCCAUUAAAGUACUUGCCUCUAUUUACUUCUUUCUUGGAGUUCUUAUAGCUGGUGACAAUAUGUUGUACUCCAUUGGACUCUUAUAUCUCUCAGCCUCUACCUACUCCCUUAUUUGUGCAACCCAAUUAGCUUUCAAUGCAGUUUUCUCAUACUUUAUCAAUUCUCAGAAGUUCACUGCCUUGAUUCUUAACUCUGUGGUUGUCCUAUCACUAUCUGCUGCCCUCAUUGCCGUCAAUGAUGACUCUGGUGGACCAGCAGGAGUCUCAAGGUCAAAGUACAUCAUCGGUUUCAUUUGCACACUCGCAGCUUCUGCAAUAUACUCUCUUUUACUUUCUCUUAUGCAACUUUCAUUCCAAAAGGUUCUGAAACGGGAAACCUUCUCUGUGGUACUGGAAAUGCAAAUCUAUACAUCAUUGGUGGCCACUUGUGCUGCUCUCAUUGGUCUUUUUGCUAGUGGAGAGUGGAAGACUUUGCAUGGAGAAAUGCAGGGUUUCGGUAAAGGAGGAUUCGCUUAUGUGAUGACUUUGGUUUGGACAGCUGUGGCUUGGCAAGUUUGCUCGGUUGGUGUUGUGGGACUGAUAUUUGUGGUCUCUUCUCUCUUCUCCAAUGUAAUUAGCACUCUCUCUUUGGCUGUAACCCCAAUGGCUUCUGUGAUAAUUUUUCACGACAAGAUGAAUGGUGUCAAGAUAGUUGCUAUGCUUAUGGCAAUAUGGGGUUUCGCCUCUUACAUUUAUCAGAACUAUCUUGAUGAUUCUAAGGCAGAAAAAACACGAACUAGUGUUUCUGAAUCCCACAAUGAUUCUGUAUGUUGAUGAAUCUGUUAAAGAAUAAAAAUCCCAGAAAAUUCAUUGCUUACAAUUGUUAGUUCAACUAUUCUCAUUUUAUGAACUCGACCACUUGGAGAAUCCAGUGUCUUAACUACUUGAAUAUAAUAUACGCAUCUUUUUUUAGUUA